AUGAUUAUCUUUGAAGACGUUAUUUCCGGUGAUGAAUUAUUAUCUGACGCUUACGACGUCAAAUUAGUUGACGGUGCUGUCUACGAAGCCGACUGUGCUAUGGUCACUGUUGGUAACGGUGACAUUGAUAUUGGUGCCAACCCAUCUGCUGAAGAUGGUGAAGAAGCUUUAGAAGAUGGUGCUGAAACUGUCAACAACGUUGUCUAUUCUUUCAGAUUACAACCAACCAUGUUUGACAAAAAAUCAUUCACCACCUACAUUAAAGGUUACAUGAAGAGAGUUAAGGCUUACUUGGCUGAACACAACCCAGAUGCUGUUGAAGCUUUCGAAAAAGGUGCUACCGCCUACGUCAAAAAAGUUUUGGGUUCUUUCAAAGAUUGGGAAUUCUACACUGGUGAAUCAAUGGACCCAGAUGCUAUGGUUGUCUUAUUGAACUACAGAGAAGACGGUACCACUCCAUACGUCGCCAUCUGGAAACAUGGUGUUAAAGAAAACAAAAUCUAA